AAGGGCUCGGGGCUGAACCUCCUCAUCAACAACGCUGGGAUAGGAAAUAACAACUCACUUGACACUGAGACACUAGACGACAUGCUCCAUGUGUUCACUACCAACACCAUUGCACCUCUGCUGCUCAGCCAGGCGUUCCUGCCUCUUCUGAAGAAGGCAGCCCAAGAGAAGCCGGGCUCAGGGUUGAGCUGCAGCAAGGCAGCCAUCAUCAACAUGUCCAGCACUGCUGGAUCCAUUCAGGACCUCUAUCUGUGGCAGUACGGACAAGCGCUCUCAUAUCGUUGCAGCAAGGCUGCUCUCAACAUGCUCACCAGGUGCCAGUCCAUGGGGUACCGGGACCAUGGCAUCCUCUGUGUUGCUCUCCAUCCCGGCUGGGUCAAAACAGACAUAGGAGGCACAUUAGAAGAUAAGUCCCGAGUGACAGUGGAUGAGAGCGUAGGAGGGAUGCUGAAGGUGCUCUCCAAGCUCUCUGAGAAGGACAGCGGGACCUUCCUGAACUGGGAAGGGAACGUUAUGGCCUGGUGAGGUGCUGGCCAAGCCUUGGAUUUUGAAAGUGAUCUCUUUGUUGCUACAUUGACUUGUGGCAGUGUGCUAACAAACUUGUGACUGUAAACAAUGAUUGCAGUGUAUGUGCAGUA